AUGUCCAGCACGACUUCAAGUGAUGGUAGAAUGGUCGGCGUUUCUACCCAGACCGAGAUCAUCGAGCAGCCACUGGCAACAUUCACUUUCUUUGGCCUACUUCCAACAGAGAUCAGGCUUGAAAUUUGGAAAUUGUCCUUCAAAGGUCGCCGAGUCCUCCUUUGGGGCGCUGAACGCCGGCCACAGGUCGAUGAAAAGACACGAAGCCUUCUCUACGUUAACCGUGAAGCAGCACAAGUAUACAAAGAAAACUAUACACCCUGCUUCUACCAGCGCGGAGGAAUUGUCCCGGUAAAGCCUCUAUUCCUGAACUUCGAGCUGGAUACUCUUUGCUUCGAAAGCGGAGUGAGAUCUCUGAAAAGAUUGCUGAGGAAACACCCGGAAGACAUGAGUAAGGUACAGUGGGUAGAUGUGAUCGCAAAUAAGAAAGAUACGGAAUUUUUGAACAGUAGCGGUAAUCACAUUGAAACGCUUGCAACUCUUUCAUCUCUAAAGUGUCUGACUGUUCGCUUCGAAUUUCUUGGAUAUGCAUACUGCCACACGUUCAGACGCUGGCACGAACAAUAUUUGAUCUCGGCCGCUGAGCAACUAAGAAGCUGUCUUUUGCAAUCUUUUCCAGAGCAGAAUAUCUCUGUCAGACCCAAACUUGCAGUCAUCUUUCCAAGCAGCGAAGAAUGGGUGGAGGACAUGUACGUCACGACUGGCAAAGACCUCGAUUAUGGAAGUUAUGGUACCAUUUCUUGGAAUGGAAUGUCUCCACGAGAGAAAAGAGCUGCCAUGCUUGCAGAAAACAAAACUCUACUAACUAAAGAGUGUCAAGCCUGCGAACAAAGCCUGGAUCAUUAUAAGCAUCAUUACCCUUAUAUUGAAUGGACUCCACUAGUAAACGUCACGCACAUGGAGGCAGAUGACUUUGAUGUCAGAUGGAUUGUACGCGAUGAGCCAUGGUCACCAAUUUCGGGACAGGAUAUCCUGACCCGAAUGAUGGUUUCAAGAACAUCUCAUACACGGCAGAGUCGCCGCGACUUCUGGAAGCUAGAGACCUCUUCCUACUGGUAUGGGGUCGAAAGGCACAGGGCUUUAUUAGAGGAAGGAUCCCUAAGCGAACAUGAACAUGAAGCUGUCGAAACCGUUGUAGAAAAUUUGUGGAACGCCAUGGGACCAGAUCCGGGAGAGAAGGUAUCGAGGCUUUACAGGAAGGGAGGACGUCUUGACUUUCCAGAACACUGGCAUACUUUACCUUUCGUUGCCCAAGCUGUCAACGUCUACAAUAAUGACAAAGUUUAUCCUACAAUUUCACGCAAUGGACUGGCGUCCAUAAUUUGCUUAUAUCUCGCCGAUUCGCCAUGGGCUGGCGAGGAAGAAAGCAUCCGUCGAAUUUUGGCCAUCUCAGAUACAAUUCCAUGA